GCUGAGGUGGGCCUGUUGCCAUGGCGACGGCAGGGGGUUUGGUAGCGUUGCCGUGUGAGUGUGUGUGUCUGCGCGCUGCGUGUAUGGAGGAAGCAGCUGCUGCUCUGAUCUCUGACACUGUGUGAGACAGACAUCGGAACACAAACUGCGCACCGACGUGUCUUUUUAAACACACCGCGCCGAGGCACGCCGUGCAUGAUUGAGAUCAGUGUGUAAGAGCCAUCCACUCUGUAAGAUGGAGGCCUUCCACUUGUUCCCGCAGUUGCCGGAUGGUUUCAUGCUCAUUUAAACAUAACGAGCAGCUGGGUCCUGUCAGAGAAUGAGGUGGGCGUCGAGAAGUGCAGCCUUCAGUUGGUUCAGUUGCUUGAGUGUACCUCCUCAAAGCUCCUUGGCUGGUGUUGAGGAGGGGCGGCGAGGAGCAGCUGAGAGCCUCUCUGUCCUCACUAGGAGUAAAGGAGAGGGUCAGGAAGUGCAAUAGAGACACGCACAGGCAAAAGCCAGAUGUUGUUGAAGGACUGUUUGACCAUUGGAAAUGGGGCUUAAUGGAACAAGACCUCUUUGAUUUAAUGGGUCCAAUCAUUGGGAUGUCACCAGAUAAGAAAACGGAAAUUCCGGGUAUGCAAGAGGAGCGGACGGGGCUCAGAGGCGUCUGUGGCGUGGGAACGCUGCCUGAGGCGGAGUGCGCCUCCAGUCCGCUGGCGACCAACGUGGAUCGCACUGGAGGCGCAGAGGAUGAGGAGCUCACCAACCUCAACUGGCUCCACGAGAACCUGCUUCAGAACUUCACCCUGGGGGGCCCCGAAGCUCAGCCCAGUGCUAGCCCCCUUUUUGACAUAGAGGGAGAUUACGGCUCCAGCCAGGGCCAAUCAUCGUCUUCAUCUUCGUCACAAGGCCGAGGCAGGGAGCGGGACUCGUUGAAGUCUAAGCCGCCUUUCUCGUUUUCCCUGCUCAUCUACAUGGCCAUUGAGCAGUCACCCAGCAAGUCUUUGCCUGUUAAAGAAAUCUACGGCUGGAUUCUUGAGCACUUUCCCUAUUUCUCCAAUGCUCCCACCGGCUGGAAGAACUCCGUUCGUCACAAUUUGUCCCUGAACAAAUGCUUCCGCAAGGUUGAGAGGAGUUUGGGAAAGGCCAAUGGUAAAGGGUCUCUCUGGUGUGUUGACCCCGAGUACCGCCCCAACCUGAUCCAGGCCCUUAAGAAGCAGCACUUCCCCGCCGCACAUGCCUUCUGCACACCACCCGCCUCCCCACCCAGUGCCUCCUCACCCCCUCGCCAUCUCUAUCUACAAGGCUGCUCAUUCAAAGAGUCUGACAUUGAUGCUGCCACUGCCAUGAUGCUCUUAAACUCUGCCCCCGGGCACCACGUUGACCCAUGCAAUUCUGACGGUCCACUGGACCUCUCCAGACCAGACUCUGUUCUGGUGAGCAGUGAUCCAAAGCAGGACCAUAACUAUAGUAGCGUUGCCUUGCAGCGCUGCUCUUCCCGCUCCUCCUCUUCGUCCCUUUCCUCGCUUGACGAAGGAGGCUGCGACCGCAGGCAGUCCCGCCGCGCCGGCAGCGAGGGCUUCCACAGCGACGAAGACUCCGAUCUCUGGGACGAGAGGGGCGUCCACCAGACUUCUCGCCGUCCACCUGCCAUCAAGUGGCCCAUCAGCAAGAGGGUGCGGCGCGAGGUCAAGCCAGAGCUGGACGAGGAGCUAAAGGAAGCGGCCGGCUCCUUGCUGCACCUCGCUGGUAUACGCAGCUGCAUGGAGGGAUCCAAACGUACUGUCAAGAGCACAAAACUUAACAGGAAAUGAAGAUUUCUUUUCUUUUUUUUCUUUUUGCCCCCAUCAGACUCCGGACCCUGUGACCCCAAACCUCUGACCCCUGAUCAUGUGUCCCAGUGUGCCUCCUUCUCCUUAUCUGAUCGUUCAUUGGCCAUUUUGAGCCUUUUUUUGUUUGGAAAUAUCCCUGUCCAAAUAAACAAAUGGCAAUAGUAUCGCUCACACAGGAGAACAAAGCCAUAUAGAGACUUUUGUAACUCGGGGUGACUGCUGGGGGUGGGUGUUUGGCCUGUGGAGAACCAUCCUGAUACCUAUCCAAAAUGACCCGCCUGCUUCUGUUGGACUGGGAGACUGCGAUUCAAGAAUAAUGUUUUCCUCGGAAAGACAAAUGGGACAAGCUGAAGGUUUUUUAACUCAAAGCGUUGCAUGCUUCCUCCUCAAACCUGUAUCCUCUUCCAAGUGAAUCUAUUUAUGACGCGAAUGAGUGCAUGUUUGUAACAAGACAAAAAUCUAACCUCCUGUUGUUAUCACCUUCUCCUUUUUUGUGCUAAAGAAAAAAAAAAAAGAUGCCACUGGUUUGAAAGGAAUCCUCGCUCUAUGAAUCCUCUUGUAAGAGAAUUGCAAUAAUUGAUCCACAACCUUAACCUUUUGACUUUAUUUCAUGGUGGCAUUGUUCCGAGUCAAGUAUGCUAGUUAAACUUUACCAAUAUGAGAAUGAAUGGAGUAGUAUUAUGAUCUUGUUAUGCGAUGAACUUAUUACACACGAGCUCCAGCUGUUUUCAGAAUGAGCAAGACGUGGAAAUAGUAUUACUCUGCCACUGCCAAAUUUAGUUGCAAAGUUAGCUAUACUACUUUGCUGAGUUUUGUGCGGCCAUUACACUGCUAUACAAAUUCACUGCCCAUCCUUUCAAUCAUGAGUUUGUGUGUUUUUCACAUUUCUUGCGCGGAUGCAGAACAUAUAUUCACAUGUUUGGGGACGGCCUAUGCAAAGUGAACACCUGCUUUUCCCAGAUGUUCACUGUGUGUUCAUAGGUUAUGCUCCAUAGGUUUUAUUAUUUUUUUGAUUUUAUUUUAUUUUUGUGUACAGGGGCGUGUGUGCGUGCGUGUGUAUCAUAGUGCAUGUUGAUUUCAUCCGAAACCUGAGAUGACUGUCAGGACAUGAACGAUUUUCAAUUUUUUCUUUUUCUGACAUAAUGGUCGCUUCAUUCCGAUGAAUCCGUAAUGACAGAUCCUCUCACUAUAGCAGAAGUGUCAGGCUGUGUGGUUCUCCGGUCGCUUGUGGUCCUGUUGAAUGCGGAGCUGGUUGAUGGUUUGCAGCCGGUGCCGGCAGUAAAUUAUCCCAGCAUCUUGCUCCAUUAUUUGGGUUUGCAGUUUGGUUAUACCUCUGUGUGUUCUCUUUGAUUUAAUUUAAUUUUUUUACUUUUAUCAAAGUUUCUGCUGGUGAUCCUGUGGAUAAGUUACUUUUAACACUUGAGGGAACGUGUGUGUUUUGGUUCAGUUCAAGGAAACAUCAAGAAGCUUUGCAAAGAAUGAGAGGGGGGACAACACCGUCAUGGCCAGAGAGAAGUAAACUUUACAUUUGCUGUGGCUAGCAGGACAGAUGUUGUGCCCUCGGUUUUGGCUCGGCCAUUGGUGUUUCGUUCUUCCUUCUAGAACAAAAUAAGGAAGUGCACGCUCUCCUCUCAAGCUGUGAAAUGGAGUGUUUAUUGUCAGUUGAUUGCACACGGUUCACUGAGGGGAAGUUGCGAGCCACUUGUGUCAAAAGGCCAAUAUUCUCAUUAGAGCUUUUUUUAAAGGCUGCGCACCCGCAGCAUAUAAUACAAGGUAGAAUGGAACUGCAUAAGGCUGGCAAACUGGAAAUUAUAUUAAUUCUUCCCAUGGUGAUCGAUCACGUUGUGUCAUGGUGGCUGUUAGUAUAGCAUGCAAGGUGGGUGCCAAACAUUUUCUUGUGCCACUAAUGUAAACCUGCGAUGGAUCAUGGUCGCUAUACUCCCCCUACUGCAGCGCAGCAAUGUAAAUGUGCUGUAGAGUGACAAUGCCCUAGUUUUCUGACUCAUCCUAACAGGAAAUGGGAGAGGACUCUGGUAAGUGCAGUGACUUUAACCAAUCUCUUGGUUUAUUUUUGUCACUUCAUUGCGGGAACUGCUCUCACCAGACUGAGCUUCAGUUCUCAAAAGUAAAACUUGCAUACACUGGUCUUUUUUAGCUGUGAAAAAGAAGAACAAAUUAUUGUUCAUUAAUCAUUACCUUAUUUAUGACAUUAAUUUAUGGGAUUAUUGAAUGCAUACUAUUUCAUGCGCUGGUCAUUUGAAAGGAAUGACUGGGCACGUUUAUUUUUCUCCCUCUGUGAACUCCUUAAUAAGUAUUUUGUUUUCCUUGUUUAUUUUACAGCAAUACACUUGUUUUCUUUCACUAUGUUAUAGUGAUUGAGUAUGCCAAUGUUUAUUGUCUUUAGAGCGGGUGUUUAAUUUUAUUUUUAUUUUUUCAAUUUAACCACGACUGCCAGGUUUUCUUGAUGUUUUGUUAUGCUCUUUGUUAAGCUGAGAUAGAAGACAGUUAAUUUACACUGAUCCUGAAGCAUUUGUUGCCAAAAUUGAUGUACAGCUGGGGUUUAAGAUUGAAGGUUGAAGAUGGACACAUUCCCCACAUACGGUAGAAGCUCUUUGAAACUAAUUUAAUCAUUUUUUACAUUAGUCACAUUUGUGGUUCAUGUUUAGAUAUUAUGACUAAGUAGUCACAAAUUGAAGAUUAGCUGUUGACUUCAUCUCGAGAGAAUAAUCUUUGAAAAGAAAAAAAAAUACUGCCACUCAUGACUCAAGCUUCCAGGUAUUGUUAUGGGAUGUUGAAAUAUUUUGAAUAUCACUGGAUCAGACAUAAGUCGGGCUGCUGUUGCUGCUGUGUAGGUUCAGACCCACAUUUGCAGAGAAAUGAUAGAGAGUAAAAAAUGUAACAUUCUUUCUGUUGCAAAUGCAAAAAGAAAAGUUGAAUUGGUCCCAAAGUGACUGAGUCAGUGGGUCGACCUGUGGACGAACUACCUGAACGUCCUGGUGGCCUCAUGGCUCAGCAGCGAUUAUGUGAUUCUCUAAAUUCAGUUGCAGUUUCUUAAACGGAACAUGUUGUUGCAUUUGACAAAAGCUGCCAACCCAGUAUCAGUUUGUGUCAGUUGUCUGCCAUGUCUAUUAGACCGACACACCUUUUUGGUUUUUGUAUGCUAACCUCUGUUGAUAAAAUGUUUAUAAGAUUUAUUUUCGCCAAAGAUAUGCAAUUGCAUUAUAUAUGGUAUUACAAAAUAUUAAUAAAAACCUGUUCUUGUUA